CUUAUUUCUUGUAAUGUGAGUGACCGUCGGAGCCGCUGCAGGUUUGACACAAGAGCUGUAGCUCUGCCUGCCUCUGUAGUGAAAGCAGCCUGGGAGCACAGCAGUGCAGCGCCUGUUCAGCUUACUGAUGGAUUAACCUGGAGCUUUUAUUAUAACACACAGAGUGAGCAGCUGGACUGAACAAUGACUAUGUGGUGGCUCCUAAAGGUUUGGAUCCUCACUUUAGUCCUGUCAAGCCCAACGAGAUGCCAAAAGAGAAGGAGGAAAGGCCAGAGAGAUGAUAAUGAGAUCAUCAUCAAUGAGGCCAAGCCCCUCAUUUGCCCGGUGGAGAUCAUGUUCAUCGUAGACAGUUCAGAGAAAGCCAAAUCUCUGCUGUUUGAACGACAAAAGGAGUUCAUCCUGCGCUUCAGCACUAAGCUCAUGCAGCUACACUCAGCCGGCUGGCGUCUGCGGUUGCGCCUGGCCGCUCUGCAGUACAGCAGUGCUGUGUCAGUGGAGCACAACUUCAGAGACUGGCAGGAUUUGGAUGUUUUCCAGAGCCGGGUGGCCUCCAUGACCUUUAUCGGCCACGGCACCUACUCCGCAUAUGCCAUCACCAACGCCACCCAGAUGUUCAGCCGCGAGACAUCCUCCAGCAGCCUGAGAGUGGUGCUGUUGAUGACAGAUGGAACGGACCACCCACGCAGCCCCAGCGUCGUGACAGCCGCCGCUGAGGCCAAACAACACAACAUCAGGGUGUUCACCAUCAGGCUGUCGAGCCUGCCAGGAGAAGGUCCCAUGGGCGCAAAACUACGAUCCAUUGCCAGUGCCCCCCCACAGCAGCACGUCCUCAGCCUCAUCGACAGCAAUCUGGAUGACAAACUCUUUGGUGAACUGGUCAGUCAUGUUUGUAUUAAGGUUUGUCCACAGCCAAAGACCUGCCUGUGUGACAGAGGGGAGAGGGGCCACCCUGGAAGCCCGGGAAAACCAGGCGAACCAGGGUCUGAUGGAGUUCAAGGUCCAAAGGGAUCUCGUGGCGAACCUGGCAUUAAUGGACGUCCAGGAAUGGAGGGCCUUGAGGGUCGACCUGGCAGCAAAGGGGAAAAGGGAGAACAGGGUGAAUGUGGUGCCCCAGGUAAAAAGGGAGAACAAGGUGCAGUUGGAGAUUCUGGUCCCAGAGGCCCCAGAGGAGAGCAGGGAGCCAGGGGAAAACCUGGAGAUCAGGGUACAGAGGGGCCAUCUGGAGCUAAAGGUGAUCGAGGACUGAGGGGUGCACCUGGCCCCCCAGGAGACAAUGGCCUUGGAUUCCCUGGUCCUAAGGGUGACAAGGGGAACCAAGGAAGACCAGGCCCUCCCGGGCCAAUGGGUAGGGGUGAACCAGGGACACCAGGUCCAGUAGGGCCACCAGGAAUGCAAGGAUCUUCAGGGUUUCCAGGCGAGGGUCUCCCAGGGCCCAAGGGUGACAGGGGGUAUGAGGGUCCCAAGGGCAGCCGUGGACCUCCAGGCAUCGGGUACAAAGGUGAUAAGGGAAACACAGGAGCCCCUGGGCUUCCAGGUUUAGUCGGGUUUCCAGGGGCAGGCAUUCAAGGAGAAAAGGGGGACCAAGGGCCAGCUGGACCUUCUGGUCCCAGAGGACCUCCUGGACUGGGUAUAGUUGGACCAAAGGGUGACCAGGGUUUCCCUGGAGACCCUGGACCUCAGGGAGAGAGGGGUAUUGGUGAGCCAGGACCAAAGGGGGAGCCAGGGCCUGAUGGGGCUGCUGGGAUACCUGGCAUUCCUGGUGAAGAUGGAGCUGUUGGGUCUAAGGGAGAGAUGGGGUUGCCAGGUCCACGAGGCCUAGAGGGAGCAUCUGGAAAAGGCAUCCCUGGAGAAAAGGGAGAUAGAGGCGACCGUGGCCCAAGGGGCCUUUCAGGGUCUCCAGGCCCAAUUGGACCUGCAGGAGCUAAAGGAGAACCUGGAAGUCCAGGAAUGAUGGGCAUAUCUGGAUCUCCUGGGCGUGGCUUACCAGGACAAAAGGGAGAUCCUGGGCCUAUAGGACCACCAGGUCUUGUUGGAGAACCUGGUGUAGGAAUCACAGGCCCAAAGGGUAACAAAGGAAAUCCUGGACCUGUGGGGCCACCAGGAAUGAAGGGAGAUGGCUUCGCAGGACCACAGGGGUUGCCUGGCUUACCAGGAGUGCAAGGAGAGAUGGGACCUGAAGGGAAAGGACUACCUGGACCUAAGGGUGACAGAGGCUUACCAGGUGUGCCGGGGCCAUCAGGUCCACCAGGAAUUGGACUAUAUGGACCAAAGGGUUCUACGGGGCAGCCUGGUCCACUGGGCUUGCCAGGCCCUCCAGGAGACGGCAUCCAAGGACCAAAGGGAGAGCCUGGGUUUCAGGGGCCCGUGGGCCCUCGGGGUGCACCAGGGGAUGGCCUUCCAGGGGAGAAGGGAGAUAGAGGCAUUCCUGGAGCCAGGGGAAAGAAGGGAGACAAGGGAGACUAUGGGGAACCUGGAUCCACUGGACUAAUGGGGAGACCUGGAGAAAAGGGGGAACCAGGACUGACGAAAGAAGAAGUCAUAAGGAUUAUAAGGGAAAUCUGUGGCUGUGGUCUUAAGUGCAGAGAGAGCCCUCUAGAGCUGGUGUUUGUGAUUGACAGCUCUGAGAGUGUAGGACCAGAAAACUUUGAGCUGGUGAAGGACUUUGUGAAUGCUCUUAUCGACCGGGUGACGGUGAGCCAAGAAGCUAGUCGUAUUGGUGUGGUGCUCUACAGCCAUGUGGAUAUUGUGGUUGCCAGUUUGCAGCAGGAGGCCAGCCAGGAUGAUAUCAAGUCGGCUGUCAGAAACAUGCCUUACCUGGGUGAGGGCACCUUCACAGGCAGUGCCAUCCAUCGAGCUAACCAGCUGUUCCAGGCCUCCCGGCCCGGUGUGAGGAAGGUGGCUGUGGUUUUAACCGAUGGGCAAGCCGACCCCCGUGAUGUCAUGCAGUUUGAAGAAACAGCCACAGAAGCCCACGCAGAAGGAAUCGAGAUGUUUGCUAUAGGAAUUAUGAACAUGACUGACCCUCUCUAUGAGGAGUUCCGAGCUGAGAUGAAUGUUAUUGCCACUGAUCCUGAUGAAGAUCACGUCUACCUCAUAGAUGACUUCAGGACACUUCCAACUCUGGAAAGCAAAAUACUCAGUUGGAUUUGUGAGCAGGAUGACGCAGUGGCAUUUAUACCAAACACUGUCUUUCCACCUGUGGAAAUCCACCCAGAGGCUUCAGAAGAUGACCUUUUUGAAGAGUUCCCAGAUGAGGACAACAUACAACUUGAACUCCCAGUGACAACGUUACCAGCCCCGACUCCACAGCCCUAUGAGUCAGGUCGGGCCAACAACAACCUGCUUGACACCAAAGUGCUGGUGAUGCCAGACAUGAUGUUUGGCUCUCCUGGGGGCAGGGGACAGCAGGGUCCGGGGGUGACCUCUGUGGUCGGACCUCAGCCUCCAACUGACUGGCUGUAUGAGGAGAUGAGCACACAGGCUCCGGUCAGUGCUCCUCCUCCUCCUCCACCCCUGACAGACACAUCGGUGCCAGAUGAAGGAUGUAGUCAGUCUCUGGACCCAGGACCCUGUAGACAGUACGUAGUCAAGUGGUACUAUGACAACGAGGCCAAUGCUUGUGCCCAGUUCUGGUAUGGAGGCUGUCAAGGCAACGCUAACAACUUUGAGACGGAGGCCAAUUGCAGGAGCUCCUGUGUCUACACGUAACAGACUGUGCUUGGAGAAAAGCGCGAGUGCAACACUGAUACGCUCCAUCAGCCUGCGUCACUGAGUAACAAAUCGGACCGAUGAUGCAGGCUUUACUGUUUGACCGGCGCUCAGGCCAGCGGCAGCUGCUGUGGUCACACUGCUGCAGGUGAAGGAGAGGAUGUAGAGCAAACUUGAACUUCCUCCCAGGCUAUGUUCACACUGUAGGUGCUCCUGUUCAGUUCUGAAGCAUUGCAUAUGUGCUUACUGAUCAUCUUGGACAGCUUCUUUCUUUCAUUAUUGUUGUCUAAUUAUCUUCUGGUUAGUCAGCUUCAUGCCUGAUUCAGAAAGGUGGAAGUUCUUGGGCAAGCAGUAACCAGGCCGUUCCCACUAGAAGCACAUUUCUCCAUACCAGUCAACAACUCAAUCUGUUCCUCUUCUCUUUUCUAAUCACACAAUGAGAUGUUUAUCAUCAUCAUCAUCACCCCACCCCCCACCUCUCUCUCUCUCUCUCUGUCUGUCU